UUUGGGACUAGGGGAUUAUUCUUUCUUCAUCAAUAAUGGCGCCUCUCAAGAAAUCAAAGAAGAUUAAAAGGGGAACGAAGAAGCUCAACAAAUGCAGACAGCUCAGCGUUGUUCCUAUAGAACCCAGAACCAGUGAGACCGACUGGUGGGAUAGCUUCUGGCACAAAAAUUCUACUGCUCCAGGAUACUCAGUACCCAGUGACGAGGCAGAAGGAUUUAAGCACUUCUUUAGGGUUUCAAAGAAGACUUUUGAGUACAUAUGUUCCCUUGUAAGGGAGGAUCUCAUAUCAAGGCCGCCAUCGGGCCUCAUCAACAUUGAGGGAAGGCUUCUUAGCGUAGAGAAGCAGGUUGCCAUUGCCCUUAGGAGACUAGCAUCCGGUGAAUCUCAAGUUUCAGUCGGAGCUUCCUUUGGGGUUGGGCAGUCCACAGUUUCUCAGGUAACUUGGAGAUUCAUUGAGGCUAUGGAAGAACGUGCUAAACAUCAUCUCAAGUGGCCAGAUUUCAAUAGAAUGGAAGACAUCAAGUCCUGGUUUGAAUCAUCCUAUGGUUUGCCUAAUUGUUGUGGAGCCAUUGAUGCCACGCACAUCAUGAUGACCCUUCCUGCUGUCCAAACCUCAGAUGACUGGUGUGACCAAGAGAACAAUUACAGCAUGUUAUUACAAGGCAUCGUUGAUCAUGAAAUGAGAUUUAUCGAUAUCAUGACAGGUUUGCCAGGGGGCAUGUCAUUUUCCCGGCUAUUGAAAUGUUCAGGAUUUUUCAGACUCUGUGAAAAUGGGGAGCGAUUAAAUGGAAAGGCGAUAACCUCAACUGGAGGAGACAUGAUUAGAGAAUAUGUAGUUGGUGGAUUUGGCUACCCUCUUCUUCCCUGGCUCACAACUCCUUAUGAAACUGAGAGUAUCGUGAACAUUCAGUCCAGUUUUAAUGAUAAGCACGAGGCUGCAAGGCUGCUUGCUGUGAGAGCCUUCUCACAGUUAAAAGGCAGUUGGAGAAUCCUUAAUAAGGUAAUGUGGAGACCAGAUAAGAAGAAGUUGCCAAGUAUUAUCUUAAUAUGUUGUUUGCUUCAUAAUAUAAUAAUUGAUAGUGGAGACACUUUGCAACCAGAUGUUGCCUUGUCUGGGCAUCAUGAUUCUGGGUAUGGGGACCAGUAUUGUAAGCAUGUUGAUCCCUUGGGAAGGACCUUGAGAGAUAAUUUGGCUAAGGCCUUGCAACAUUAAAAGCAAUUUGAGGUUCUUGCUAGUUCUGUUAA